AUGACGUGGCUAACAUUUACAAUACAAUUUGUCAUUAAAUUACAAUGUGUUUUAUCGAAUCAAAUUUGUUAUCGAGUAAAAUAUCUUAAUCCAAUUUGUAAAACUAACACGGGAGAACUAAUCCAAUAUAAACCAGCGUAUGAAUCAUUAAAUGAAAACCAAAUUCAAUAUAUUGGUCACUCAAUAAAUGUAAUUUGUCAUCAUGCAUUUAUUGAGUAUGAAGAUGAUUUCGGAUUUGGAAAAUACAUAAAAGGUCUUGUACUUGAUUUAUCAGAUAAAGAUAUAAUAAUCGAGCCAUCUGCUAUUGUCUUGACAAAACUCGAGCGCCUGGAAAUAAAUUCGGGUCCAGUUCAAUUGGAAUCAAAUAGCUUCCAAAAUUUAUCUAAUCUGCAACAUCUUAAGAUAAAAGUCAAUGAAGGAUCUGCAAAAAUGAGUCAGGUGUUGAAAAAUUUACCACGAUUAAAAAGUUUGGAAUUGUUGGAUAAUUAUAAUAUUGACAUCUGUGAAUUUACCAACACUGAUACACUUCAAAUAAAAAUACUUGGAUUUAUGGGUGGAUUUAUAAGAUCAAUAUCAUCAAAAUCAUUUGAGUGUAAUGAUAAAUUUAAUAUCAUCCCUGCGAAUAUUUUCGAUAAUAUAACUGAAUUAAAAAUAUUGGAUUUGAGUUACAAUUCAAUAUCAAAAUUGGACAACACAUAUUUAACGAUGAGUAAAAAUUGUGAAUUAUUAAAUUUGAGUUAUAAUUCUAUGGAAUCUAUUGAAAAUGGAUUUUUUAAAAAUAUCAAAUGCAUAACACUUGAUCUUGGAGGCAAUGAAAUCAAAUAUAUUGCUAAUAACGAAUUUAAAAAUUCAAUGAUUGAUACAAUAUUUAAUGAACAAAAGAACCAAACUCUCAUUUGUUAUGAAAGUAAAAAUCAUUAUUUCAAAAUUUGUCAAAAAAAAAAUCAACUUGUAUCGGUCAUUGCGAGAACUAUGCCUUAUAGACUUUCACAAGAAACACUUAUAUUUGAAGACAGUGAUAUAAUAUUAACUGAAGAUUACAUAUUCUAUAAUUUGACCAUUAAAAAUUUGAUAAUUGAAUCAUCUGCAAAACCAUUUCAACUUAUUGGUGAAUCAUUAAAAGGAUUACCAAAACUUAAAAAUCUUCAACUUGAUACUCAACCGAUUUUGAUUAAAAAUCCAACAUUUUUUUAUAUCAGGGAUACUUUAGAACGAUUAUCAUUAUCACUCUCAUCAAAUUCAUUUGAUGGAUUAUCAAAAUUAGAAAAUCUUGAACUUAAUGUUGGACUAACUGUUCUUGAACAUGGUGCAUUUUACAGAUUAACUGAGUUGACUCGUCUUAAAAUUGAAGUUAAUGGAACUAAACAUCUUCAAUAUUUGCGAGUGACAAAAACAAGUUUGACGACAAUUGAACGGGAUGCAUUUUUUGGACUUGAUUAUUUAGAAAAAAUCAAUUUGUCAUACAAUAACAUCAAACGUAUUGUCAUAAAUGUUUUUAACAAUCUCCGAGCUUUAAAAAUACUGAGACUUAAUAAUAAUAAUAUUACUGGCUUUGAUAUUGGAUCAUUGAUGACCAUCAAUAAUGAUUAUACACUCAUCAAUGUAAGUUACAAUAAAAUAGUUGAUAUACCAGAAAGAACAUUUGGCAAUCUGGUAUGUAAAGUAUUUGAUAUAAGAGAGAAUCCACUAUUGUCUAGUAAAAGGACAAUAAUGGGAUAUUCAGCUGAAAUCGGAGAAUUAAUUGAUAGAUUAGGCCAACGUCAUCAUCCUGGUCAGCAUUUUAAGAUAUCAGAUGACGAACCACGACGAAAUUCAUUUCCAGUGUGUGAAAGAGACUCUUUUGAGUUAAUACAUUAUGAUCGUAAAUAUGCCGAUUAUGAGGAGGAUAUUGAUACAAUUAACGUCGAUGAUAGCGAUAUUAUACUCUUACAAGAGUAUGCAUUUGACGAUGGUCAUUCAGAGACAAAAACAAAAAAGUUGAUACUCAGUUUAUCUGACGGCAACUUGAUAAUUGAAAAGAAUGCUUUCACAAAAUUAACCAGACUUGAAUCUUUGGAAAUAACACGAGUUAAUGAAACAUGGACAAGACUUAGCGAAGAGUUACAAGAUAUACCAAAUUUGGAAAGUUUGGAGAUAUUAGAUAAUGGCACUAUUGGUAUUUGUGACUCAUUUGAGGGUGAAUUAAUAAUAUCACAGCUUCAGUAUACAGGUGGUGAAAUUUAUCAAAUAUCAGACAGUUCAUUUGAAUGUUUGACACAGCUUAAAACCUUGAAAAUCACAGAAACACAGUUGUCAGUAAUCGGAUUUGAUGCAUUUAGCAAUUUAAAUAAAUUGAAAGUUCUCUCAAUAACAAUGAAUCAAAAUCUAAGUUAUAUUCCACCACAUAAUAAUGGCAUUAUGAGAAAUCUUGAAACAUUAGAUUUAACUUCAUCUAGUGAAAGUUUUAAACUCAACUCUGAAGCAUUUAAAGGAUUAUCAACCCUUAAAAAUCUGGUAUUCAAGACGUAUCCAAUUUCAAUGGAACAAAAUAACAUAAAUACGUUGAAAAAAUUAGAACAUCUUGUAAUAUCACUUACACUAUCAACUCAGAAUGAAUUUUGCAUGUAUGUAGAACUUUUAAAAACCUUAAAAAGUUUAAUACUUAUAGAACAUGGUUCAUCUUAUUUUUGCAAUGAUUUGUAUAAAUCGAAAAAUGAAAAACUUCGAUAUCUUCAAUACCAAAAAACUUAUAAUUUGAUAUCAUUUAUUGGAGAUGAUGCAUUUCGAUUACAGAAGAGCAAUUAUUUACCCACUGAUUGCACGUUUCACGGAAAAACUGAAGAUUUCUGUAAACCUGAAACCCUAUCAGUGUUAGAUUUGAGUUUUAAUAAAUUGGAACACCUAAGAAAUGAUAUGCUCAAUGGUAUAUUGAUUGAACAUAUUGAUCUUUCCAAUAAUGAUAUAAUGUCUCCUGACGACUACGAAUUUGACGACUACAAAAUGUUUGAUGAUUCUAAUAAACUUCAAUUGUUUCUUGAUAAAGAAUAUGAAAAAAAUAUAAAGUUUUGGUGUUUCGAUGAAACUUCGUUUAUGAUUUGUAUGAAAAACCAUGAAUUAUUAUUUGUAACUCAUAACGAUAUUGAUAUUCGACGAAAAUUUAAUAUAUUUGGUCCAAAAAAUCCAUCAGAAUUUGUUUCCAAUUUAGUACUUGGUUUAUAUAUUGACGACGAUUUUUUAUCGAUACAACCAUUUGCAUUCGUAAAUAUGACAAGUAGAAAUCAAGUAAAAACAUUAACAAUUGAUAAACAUUCACGAGGUGAAUUUAUUUUUGUACGAGAAAUAUUUGCUGGUUUAAUAGCUUUAGAAAACUUUGAACUGAAUGUUGGCCCAGUUAAACUUAGAGAUCGUCAUUUUGAUAAUCUCCAUAAUCUCAAAUCUUUAAAAAUCGAAGCAAUUGAUGAUGAAUUCUACUUGAUUGAAACAUUGCAAUCUUUACGUCAUUUGGAAAGCUUGGAAAUUGUUGGGAAUGCUUAUGUGGGUAUUUGUAAUGAUCCAUUUGCAAAUAGCAUUCCGGCAAUUACCAACCUUUCAUAUACAAGUGGAUUAAUAAAAAAAUUACGAAAAAAAUCAUUAACUUGUUUGACAUAUUUGGAAAAGUUCAAAAUAAGUCAUACAUUACUUCGGAGAAUCGAAGAAGAUGCAUUUUAUGGACUCUCACAUUUAAAAAUAAUUAAUUUGGCCCACAAUGAACUCAAACAUAUUCCGAUUAAUGUUUUCAAUCAUAUCCAUACACUGAAUGUGCUUGAACUUAAUGAUAACCGCAUUGUGAAAAUUGAUGUUCAUGCAUUGACAAUGCAAGAUAAUUUUCCAUAUUAUAGCUUAUUGUUGUUAGAUUUAAGUAACAAUGAAUUGAAAAACUUGAAUCAUGAACUUGAAGGACUUAAAUGUAAAGUACUGGAUUUAUCGGGAAAUGACAUUGAUUCGGAUAAUAUUUUGUUCUUUAAUUCCUGUAUUCGAAAAAUAAUUAUAAGUUUAAAUAAUACUAUGUCUUUGUUGAAUCAUUGUCAAAAAUAA